UAUCGUUCCUCGCUAGCUGUCGCUGUUUUCUUUUGUGUAUGUUUUGAUCUGUACUGAGAGCGGAGCGGUUCUUUUAGCUAUGCAUAAUUAUGAAUAAAUUGGUUGCGAGAUUAACUUCCAUUUAGAGUCUGGAAAGUUUGUAUAGUGUGACUGACCAUCCAGAUGUAAAACGAAGCAAUGGCCUCAUUAUGGGGAGUAACUAGUUCCACAAGUACUUCCCCUAAUUAUUCAGGGCAAUGGAAACGUGUUGGUACAAUACCAAACCCAUGCAUACAAGCACAGCCUGCCACUGUAGAUGUAGAACCGACCUGCGAUCCAGCACACAGAAAACAAUGUUUACCCAAUCAAUUUAUGGGGUAUUGGAAUGGUUUAGAUUCUGGAAAAUUGACAUCUACACAUCAGAGGUCACCCUCCAAGAGACACUAUGACCUUCCAGGUGAUGGUGAACCAACAACAAAAAGGUUGCUAAGUGAAAGAAUGGCAGCUGGUAUGAGGAAACUGUACAUAUCAGAAGACCAGCCUUAUGGAAAAUCUUCCACAGAACAUAGUGUCCCAUCAAAUGGGUUAUGGAAAGAUGAAAGAGUGUUUGGUGCUGGCAUCAAUUUUGGAAGUGACCCGUGGAUGCAAGAAAUAGAUAACAGGUUAGAUGCGAAAAUUGAUUCUGAUGAAAGUGGAAACGAAGAUGAUCACCCCCGACUGAUUAUUAAACAAGAUUUUCUGAACGUCUUUAAGUCGCAGAAUGUUGAGCCCUCACUUCCCCCACAGAUCUUAUCCGACAUGUAA